GAACUUGGAGCACAGCGUUGUGCGGCGAAGGUUGUUGGAGCACAUGGUGGCGAGAAUCCUGGUCAGCCAGAAUCUGAGCGACGAUUCAUCGAAGGCGAUCACGGCGACGCUCCGGUCGUUGACGCGGGGUGGCGUCAUCCGAGCUGAGGACAUCCGAGUUCUUACCCCAAGCUUUGAAGAUGAUGGGCCACUGGCCAUCCAGAAGCUUCCCCGGUACAUCCUUCGAGAGCUGUGCCUUGUCAUGGGCGUCUAUACUUGGAGUGCCUGGUUCGAGGGUCUGGUGCUCCCCCGAGCCAUGCAUGCAGUUCGGCUGCGCUUCAUCCUGCAACAAACACUCGAAAAGCGCGAGGAGGACGACCGCUGUUUGGCAGAGGUGGAUCUCAACGCCUUGACCGCUCAGGAGCUCUUGAGGGAGAACGAGCGGCGACGGAUGCUUUGGUUGGGCAGCGAGUCCAAUCUUCGGGCGCAACUUCAAGAUUGGCUGGCAUUGUCUUUAGACCAGGACAUCCCCAAUCACGUCCUCCUUUUUCUGCGCCCCUGUGCCACUGAUGUGAAUGCUGUCCCGGCUUUGCUGACGCAAGAUGAACGCGAUCACAUCUUGGGCCUCCAGGGCCGUUUCGCCGACUCACAAAUCCACGAGUGGAUCCGGAAGAACAUGGACCGGUCUGCCCGGACGGCCAAGGAGGAUGGGACCGACCUGGAGAAGAAUUUGAUGGAGGAUGGCAUCGAGAGCCUCAAGGAGCAUGUGGAGGAGGUGCGCCAAGAGUUGGGCGAGAUCGAAGCCACGAAGGAGCAGCUCAAGGGCUUCGGCCAGGUGCUCAAGUCCACCAGUGACGAGGAGCUGCUGUCGAUCUUCGACACCUUGGCAGAUGAGGAAGGCGUGGUGGAAAUACCUUCCUUGGAGAAGAAGAUUCAAGAGUACCUGGGGGGAAAGCUGCCGGACGUCUCCGCCUUGCACAUCUCUCUGGAAAGCUUCUACAGUGACGAUUCUGCUCACAUAAGCCGCGCGGACUUUGCAGCUGCGCUCUCUCGGUGUCGGCAAGACUGCUAG